AUGGGGUGCAGUUCUUCCACUCCAGCGACGAUGGGGGACGUGCCCAAGGAGUCCAAGGACCGCUCUUACGCGAUCGACAAGCAGCUCGACGACGAUGCUAAACGGCUGAGGCGGGAGUGCAAGAUCCUGUUGUUGGGUCAGUUUGGUCGUCUGUGCGCCACCCCUCGUUUCGAACCCUAUUCCCGCACUCGCACACCGUACAUUGCACGCCAUUCAUUCCACUGCAUUGUUGAGUGGGGUGUUGUGGUGUGCGGCACGAGCGAUCGACCCCCGGGAUUACCCCUCCCCUCCUCCCUCCCUCCCUCCUCCCCACUCGCUCUCGCCCUCGCUCUCCAGGUUCGGACAUCCCGCUGAUUCACCCGUCGCCUCCAUGUUGUCCCUCCCCUCAAAUAGGAUCCGGUGAAUCAGGGAAAUCGACCAUCGUCAAACAGAUGAAGAUCAUCCAUCAGAACGGGUACUCGAGGGACGAGAUGCUGUUGUUCCGGAUGACUGUCUACAAGAGUCAGUCUCACCUCCCCUCAUUCUCGGCCUGUCUCCUGCGCCCGUUAGCUCGGUGGUGGGGAGGCGGCCCUGCGCGAAGCGCGAUGGUGUCCGCAGUUGGCUCUGCCCCCAUACCUCAUGUUGGAGGGAGGAACUAAAAUGGACAGGCUUGAUUAGAGGCAAGUGAAGCUGACCUCCCUGUCCCACCCCGCCCCUUGCUUGACGACAGACGUGAUUGAUUCGGCCCAGACGCUCGUACUUGCCUUACGGCGGUUCAAGUUGGAACCCACAGAACCAGAGAACAGGGUCAGUCGACGGGGUGCGAUCGGAAUGUGAUAUCGGAAUGUGAAAUUAGAAUGGUAUUGCUCAUCACUACUACUGUUCGCACUGGCAGGAAUACGCCGAAUUGAUCUCCGAGUUCCGACUCGAGGGCGACUCGUUCUCGGCCUCGCCCGGACUGAGCCUCGCCCAGCCUGGAGCCGCACCGGGGGGAGGGUUGGAUCCCGAGAUUGUGCAUGCGAUCGAUAGCCUGUGGCACGACCCCAUCAUCCCGAGCGUGUUGGAUCGUUCGAGCGAGUUCUACCUCAUGGAUUCGGCGCCUUAGUGAGUGACGCUGCGGCUAAUGGCACGGCUUUUGGAUCGUUCACUUAUCUCAAAGCCAUACGUGUGAACAGCUUCUUUGACGAGAUCAAGCGGAUAGGCACGGUCGGCUACAUCCCCAACGAGUCCGACGUGCUGCACGCGCGAACAAAAACGACCGGUAUCAGCGAGACCAAGUUCAAGUCUGGUCAACUCUCGAUCCACAUGUUCGACGUCGGUGGGCAGCGGUCCGAGCGCAAAAAGUGGAUUCAUUGCUUCGAAGCUGUCACGUCGAUCAUCUUCUGUGUCGCGCUGAGCGAGUAUGACCAGGUGCUUUUGGAGGAGAAUGGGCAGAACAGGUUGAAUGAGAGUUUAGUCUUAUUCGAGAGCGUGAUCAACUCGAGGUGGUUCUUGAGGACGAGUAUCAUCUUGUUCCUCAACAAGGUCAGUCGGGUGCCUAGGGGUGAGGAAUACGUCUUAGCAUUGACUCAUGUCUUGCCUUGGCGCGUUGCCUUUGACAGAUUGAUCUUUUCAAGGCCAAGGUGCCCAAGAUCCCGCUCGAAAAGUACUUCCCCGAGUACACGGGCGGAGCCGACGUCAACAAGGGAGCCAAGUACAUCCUAUGGCGUUUCACGCAACUCAACCGAGCACGCUUGUCGAUCUACCCGCAUUUGACCCAAGCGACCGAUACCUCGAACGUGAGUGCGCUUUGGUCGUCGAGUAUGAUGAGGCUUGGCCCGAUGAGAGAGAUGAAUGCUGAACUACCGUCUUCCGAGAACCGCUCAGAUCCGGCUGGUAUUCGCUGCUGUCAAGGAGACGAUUCUUCAAAAUGCGCUUCGAGACUCUGGGAUCUUGUAA